AUGCAGCUCCCAAAGGUCUUAGCCAGCGUUGUCUUCGCGCUCACCCCGGUUCUUGCUCUCCCACCAGUUCUCUCCUCCAGCAAACAGCCUGUGUCACCCUCAUUCUGGCCUCGGGAAUUCAACGCUUUCACGAAGCGCCAAUCCUGCGUCGAAACCUGCGGCGAUGUCUGCUACUGGCAAUCGGACAUUGACGCUGCCGUCUCCAAAGGCUAUUCGCUCUAUCAGGAUGGACAGACGGAGGGAUCCGACGACUACCCCCACCAAUACAAUGACUACGAGGGAUUCGACUUCUCCGUCGAUGGGCCGUACUAUGAAUUCCCCAUCCUGGACGACUUCAAGGUGUAUGAUGGAGGGUCUCCCGGUCCGGAUCGCGUCAUUUUCAAUGCAGACGGGGACUAUGCAGGAGUCAUUACACAUACGGGUGCCAGUGGCGAUGAUUUUGUCGCGUGUGAGGGGGCUGACCCGUGA